GCUACGGUCUAUGGAGGUGAGGACCUGUAGGGUUCAAGCUGCCAUGACAGAAACCACUGCCUGAGCUUCUCAGCGAUACUCUACGAAAGGGGAGGAUGGGUGAUGGGCCCGUGAAAUUCAGCGGACUGUCUCCUCUUUAUCCCAUCCUCUCAUGGAGCGUCCUGUCACACCGAGCCCCUCCUGGAACACUUCUUUCUCCCUGUUUCCACCCUCACUGCAGCCAAACAUCUCUAAUGUCACCUCACCCACGCCGAGCAUCCCAGGUGGGAUAGAUGUGAAUCGCUCCUUGGCACUGUGUGCUAUGCUCAUUAUGAACAUGCUUGCAGUGGUGGGCAACUUGGCUGUGAUCAUUGUCAUCACCAAAACGCCGCAGCUGCGUAAGUUUGCCUUCGUGUUCCACCUCUGUCUGGUGGAUCUGGUGGCAGCGCUGGUGUUGAUGCCUCUGGGGAUGCUGUCAGAUCAAAUCCUGGUGGAUGAAGCGCUGUGUCGGAGCUACCUCUGCUUGAGUGUGUGUCUAGUGAGCGCUGUCAUCCUCACCAUAUGUGCGAUCAAUGUGGAGCGCUAUUACUACAUUGUCCACCCCAUGCGUCACGAGGUAAAGAUGACAGUGGGGGUGGUGGUGAUGGUACUAAUAGGAAUCUGGAUUAAAGCUGUUGUCAUGUCAGUACUUCCACUCCUGGGCCGGCUGCUCCAGGGAAACCAGGGUCUGGGGGCUUCUUCCCUCCACGUUCCCACUCAGAGACACUGCUCCCUCCACUGGACAGGUGGCGGGAUCACACGCCUGGUCUUCAUGGUUUUCUUUACAGUCAUCUAUUUUCUGUGCCCUAUGCUGAUCAUACUGGUGGUCUACUGCAACAUGUUUAAGGUGGCACGAGUAGCAGCCAUGCAGCACGGCCCCCUCCCCACUUGGAUGGACACUCCAAGACAACGAUCCGAGUCUGUGAGCAGUUAUUCGACCAUGGCGGCCAGCCUCCGAGGAACUGGUUCCCGCACCACCCCUCAAAGGACCUUCAGUGGGGGGAAGGCUGCAGUGGUUCUGGUGGCGGUGGGAGGCCAGUUCUUCUGCUGCUGGCUGCCAUAUUUUUCCUUCCACCUUUACUCGGCUGUAGUGUCUACCUCCCCUGCUUCAUUAGCCCAGCUGGAGGAUGUGGUGACAUGGAUCGGCUACUUCUGCUUCACCUCCAACCCCUUCUUCUACGGUUGCCUGAACCGUCAGAUCCGCGAGGAGCUGAGCCGCCACUUGGCUUGCCUUUUCAAGCGCGCUGGGCCCAGAGAAGGAGAGCAGCUGCCCAGCCGAGAGGCCUCUAUUGAGGAAAACUUUUUGCAGUUCCUUCAGGGCACUGGAUGCAAUCUGGAGCCCUGCAACUCUCACAGCAGAGCCAGCCUAGAGUUGCCAGAGACUGAGGAUCUUCAGGAAUCAGCUGUUCAGCAGCACAUGCCAGCUGACUUCCACAUCCCAGGGCAGAUCCUCGAGGAAACCUCAGAGUUCAUACAGCAGCAACAGCUGAACAAUGAGCUCCAUGUAUCAGAGAACUGCUUCAAAACUGUACCAGAGCUGUAGCCGACUCAUGUACUCACUCUUCUGCCAUACAAUAAGCCAAUAAAUAUAUUUAGUUUUAUUCAUAUUUUUUACAAUUUGUUGAAUUAAUACAUCUCUAGCUGAUGCUACGAAGUGCUUUAAAGCAAAGUGAACUGUAAA